ACUUGCUCAUCACGCUUCAAACAGAGCUUUCUCAUCCACGGCCUAUCUUUCUUGAACAGUAGCACUACCAAUUCUUCCUCCAGCAAAAAUGAAGUCCAUCUACUUUCUCCUUCCUUUGUUCGGCUCUGUUCUUGCUGGAAAGUACCCCACGACCGAAAAGUGUGUGGCUACUUGCCCAAAGUUCGAUUGCGACACGUCUAACGCAGCGAAUCUGUGCCAGUGCCAGAACGACCAGGAAACAGCAUGCAAGAAGAAGUGCCGCGACUACACGCCCGUCUACAAGCCCUGCCCCGUCAACCCACCCCAGGAGACAUGCGAGUGUGAGCCAGUCUUCUGCGCCCAGUCCUGGCCAGAAUCCUGCUACUGCGGCAACGCAGCAAAGACAGCCUGCCACAAGAAGUGCGGCGGCGCUUACCCGGUUUACGAAACCUGCCCUCCUCGCACCACUCUCACCAUCACUCAAACCAGUACUUCGACUUCCACUUCGACCCGCUACCCAGUCGCCACCCCCACUGCUAAGCCCACCAACCAGGUCUGCGGUGGUGGUCGUGCCGGACCUACUCUUGACUGCCCUACUGGUUUUGCUUGCAUUGCUAACCCGUUUAUCCCUGGUUCUUGUGGCCCGGCUUGCGACCAGCUCGGUGUUUGUGCGGAGGAUAAGCUGUGUGGUGGGUUCGGUGGCUUCAAGUGUGAGGAUCCACUCAAGGUUUGCAUGGAUGAUUCGAGGGAUGAGUGUGAUCCUACUAAGGGAGGCGCGGACUGUGGUGGACGCUGUGUUUAUCCUGAGGAGAUUGAGGUUCCUGAGGAGAUGGCCUACAGGGCAUAAUGUUGAUAGGGGUGUAACGCAGGGAGGAGCGGCCAGAUGAGUUUUUUGCGGAUUGUUUAAUUAUCUUAAUAGGGGGGUGGUUUGGGAUGGAUUUAUAUUCUUUAAUUAAAUGGUGUACCAAGGGAGCAUAAAUGUUUAGCUGAAGUGUCGAAGUGUAUUCUCGACAUUUGCA